CGUACGCCAGACUUCGUAUCCCUACGCAUUGAACUCGAUUCAUGUUCCAAUCGGUGAAAAAAAUUCCGAUUUUGUUUCUAAUCGUCUUCUACAAUCGAUUCUUUAAAGUCCGAUGAUCCGAUCGCGUCUUGAGGGCUUAAGUUUCUGUUCGGACUAUGUAUUUCCGAAAGGGGAAAGAAUGGGUUGCUGAUUUCAGUUGUUCGGAGUCUUCGGACUAUGGAUUUCCGAGAGGAGGGAGACUUGUUGCUGGUUUCAGGAGAUUUAGGGCUUAAAUAGAAUGGAGGGAGAAGCACGGCGGGAGAAGGACUCGAGGGAGAAGAAUCCGUGACUCACCCAUCGACUUCUCAUUCACACACAGAGAGAGACAGAGGAGGGGAGAGAAUUGGUGUUGCGUGAGUGCUCUCCUCCAGUUUACGAUUCUGAAGUUUCUUCUCUUGGAACCGUUUGUUGUUCCUGUCGCUUCUUCUGGUGCUGCUCCGGCUCCGGCUCUGGCUCUGCUCCAUCUCCAUGGGAGAAAGACAAAGGAGGGGAGACAACUUAGACCCACGAUAUCGUUCAUCUUCUUCGGGUUGGAUGUUCAUCUGAGAGAAUCGAAAGAAUCCCAUUCCAAUGUUUGUUCAUGGGUCUGCGUGAGUGCUCUGUUGGGAUCAACAAACCUUACCAUCGGUCAUCUUCUUCCCAUAACUUGAGGUGCAUAAUGUCGGUGGAUCCUCUCCAAUUGGACAUUAUACGAAGAAUCUCAGAAAAAAGAGCAAUGCAUGGUGAGAACAACCCACCUUCUAGGGCGUGGACAUAUUCUAGUAUGUCUGGAAAUUUGGAGGGUGAAUAUGAAUCUACUGAUAGUGGAGACGUUGGAGGGCAAGCCAUGGUUAGUAAUGUUGUAGAUGAUUCAGUAUUGUCAAUUGGAGCAUCCAUUGAUAAAGAUAUAUCAAGUACGGACAUUGUUCUAUAUGAUCAAUCCAAUCACGUUUCAGAGUUGAUCUGGAAGGGUGAGAAGAGACAUGUGCUACGGAGUAAUGAGCAUAGUCGAACGUCCACUGAGUGGAAGUUGAGUAAAGAGAAAAAGCGGUUAGUUGAGAUUGCUGGAUUCAAAUACUUACGCCUUAUAGGGCAUUUCCAAAUGGAUCUGUGUCUAUUGACAGCAUUGGUGGAUAGGUGGCGAAAUGAGACUAAUACAUUUCACAUGCCACAAUUUGAGAUGACUAUAACUUUGGAAGAUGUGGCAUAUAUUUUGGGUCUUAGAGUAAUCGGGAAGGCUGUUACUGGAAAAAUGUACAAGGAGGCUGAGGAUAUACUAGGCAUGGUACUUGGACAACAUCCCUCAGAUCCUACCAACACGAAGGCUCUACGGAGUGGUUGUGUGAAGCUAACAUGGUUGAGGAACCAAUUUUCCCAUCUGCAAACAAUGCUUCUGAAAUAGAUGUUAUUCGUGCUACCCGGGCAUAUUUGUUGCAUCUUCUUGGAACUACCAUAUUUGCUAACACAUCCGGAAAUAUGGUUAGUGUUUCAUAUCUACCAUUGCUUGCUGAUUUUGUUGAAUGUGCAUA